AUGCGUAGGAAUAGGUCAUCAUUUACAUUUCCUGACUUCUCGUUGCGACGAUUUUUGCUUCAAGCGCGUGCAGUCCGUGGAAGUCCAACGCUAGGAAAUCGCUGUGAUAUUGAGAAAGCCGCAAGUAGUUCGAGUAAAGGAGAAAAGUCAAGUUCAUCAACGUCCUCCAAGCACAACAAUAAUAAUAACAAUACUAAUGACAGCACAUCGCAGUGCUCCGGUACAUCAACACAUACCGAUCGCAUUUCAUUUGUGUUCAUUGAGAAAUCGCCAAAAUGUAGUCGUAAUAAGUCACAAUCAUCGACCGUAAAAGAGACAAAAGUAUGCGAAAAUUUACAAGAAUGUCAACUGUGUUAUAUGAAGUACGAGCAGCCGGAUGAUAUGUACACAAUGUUAAAUUGUAAACAUUCAGCAUGUCGAGUGUGUCUCGAGCGCUAUUUGACGAUUGAGAUUACGGAAUCAAGAACUGAUAUUGCAUGUCCACAAUGUACUGACUCCAUGCAUCCAUCAGAUAUACAAACAUUGCUCAAACCGCAUCCAAACGUGAUAUCGAAAUAUGAAGACUUUAUGGUCCGUCGUGUCCUCCUUGCCGAUCCUGAUUCUCGAUGGUGUCCUGCACCAGAUUGUAGUUACGCUGUUAUAGCAACAGGAUGUGCAUCAUGUCCACGUUUAAAAUGUGAACGUCCUGGAUGCAAUCUCCAAUUUUGUUAUCACUGUAAGGCUGAAUGGCAUCCAGAUCAGACAUGUGAUGCAGCACGUGCAGCACGUCAUAGUCCAAUGAGACAAACAUCUGGAAGUAGUCAGGAUUCUCAACAUCGUGAUGACAUAAAGCCAUGUCCUAGAUGUCAAGUAUUAAUAGUCAAAAUCGAUGAUGGAUCAUGCAAUCACAUGGUCUGUGCCGUAUGUGGAAGUGAAUUUUGCUGGCUGUGUAAGAAAGAAAUUACAGAUUUACAUUAUUUGAGUCCAUCUGGAUGCACAUUUUGGGGUACAAAGCCAUGGUCGAGGAAGAAGAAAUUGCUGUGGCAAUUGGGAACGUUAGUCGGUGCACCUGUAAUGAUUGCUCUAGUCGCGGGAAUCGCUGUACCAGCCAUGAUUAUUGGAAUUCCAGUAUGGGUAGGACGGAAGUUACACGCCCGCUAUAAGGGUGUCAGUAAACACCGAAGGAACUGUGCAGUUAUGGGUGGAGUUGCAGCAUCGAUGCUCGUAUCCCCUGUGUUAGCUGGUCUAGCAGUUGCCAUUGGAGUUCCAAUUUUAUUAUUCUAUGUUUAUGGUGUUGUGCCAGUAUCAUUAUGCCGUGCCGGCUGUGGCGUUUCGACUUCACGUGAUGGUGUCAAAUUUGAAUUUGACGAGGACGAGGAUGUGAGUAAUAAUAAACAGCAUGGAGACACACAAAGUGUUGAUGCUGUAUCAAGAAUAGGCGCAACAAGUAUAGGCGAAGUGAGUUUAAGUGUGGCUAGUCAUUUAGGCGUCAGUUCCGGUAAUGCUCCGUCAGCAUCGGUGCGUGAAUCAACGACAGCACUUGCAGGCAGCAUUAAUGGACAUAAAUUGGAAGUCCAAGCUGACAUAAGUGAGACAGCAUCGGCUGUCACACAGGUCAGUGAAAAGUCCGGUUCAGCAUCAACGAAGGCAUUAGCGGGUUCAAUUUUAAGUUACAAACAAGGAAAUUGUGAUCAAGUCGGAGAGGAUGGAACUUCAGAGCGUGUAAGAUUUGACAAUAUGAUUUAUGUAUUAGAUGGACAAUAUACAGCCCCACUGGAUCAGGAUAUGGCAGCUGACAAAGCAAGUCUCGGUAGCACACGAUCAUUUCGUAGUUCUGAUUUAGAUUCAACAAGCAUUUCAUCGAUGCAUAAGCGCAUAAUUCAGCGAAUUCCAGCAAAAUUAAAUGCAACACAACAUCGAACAAUGUCUCUUGAUAGUAACACAGGCUCUAAUAACAUCCCAGAAAGUUUAGAACCUGACGAACAAAUCAUUGACAUGCCACCAAUUACAAUUUCUCAGGAAUAUAAUGAUGCAUUGAAUAACAAAUUAUCACCGACACCAUCAACGACAAAGAUUGGAAAGAGUCCACAGCCGAAUAAGAAGGAAUCCAAAACUAAUCUAUUUCGUAGCAUUUUCUUCUCAUCAAACUCGUCAAAUUCUAAGUCAUAA